CUUUGGAAGGCGGCGAAGCUGGAAACGAUUUCGGCUCGACAUUGUAAGAACAGGCUUGUGGCUGUCCACAGAACACUGGGGAUCCAAAACACUGCUAGCUAGGUGAAGCCUCGUGCACUCGAGGUGGAGUGAGGUCUCGCGGAAGCGUCUCGAGAGCGGCGAGGGCCGCGGAGCAACACCAAGCAGCCCGGGGCUUGGGCUAUUCACACUGAUCCGAACAUCUCUCUUCGCUGCCAUUGCUCCUGUGUUACCAUGGGAAUUCAAGGCCUUGCCAAACUAAUUGCUGAUGUGGCUCCCAGUGCCAUCCGUGAGAAUGACAUCAAGAGCUACUUUGGUCGCAAAGUGGCCAUUGAUGCCUCCAUGAGCAUUUACCAGUUCCUGAUUGCUGUUCGUCAGGGUGGGGACGUACUGCAGAACGAGGAGGGGGAGACCACCAGCCACCUGAUGGGCAUGUUCUACCGUACCAUCCGCAUGAUGGAGAAUGGCAUCAAGCCGGUGUAUAUCUUUGAUGGCAAACCACCACAGCUGAAGUCAGGGGAGCUGGCCAAACGCAGUGAGCGGCGCGCAGAGGCCGAGAAGCAGCUGCAGCAGGCUCAGGAGGCGGGGGCAGAGGAGGAGGUGGAAAAGUUCACCAAGCGGCUUGUGAAGGUCACCAAGCAACACAACGAUGAGUGCAAACACCUGCUGAGCCUCAUGGGCAUCCCAUACCUUGAUGCGCCCAGCGAGGCAGAGGCCAGCUGUGCUGCCCUGGCAAAGGCUGGCAAAGUCUAUGCCGCAGCCACGGAGGACAUGGACUGCCUCACUUUUGGCAGCCCCGUGCUAAUGCGACACUUAACUGCCAGUGAGGCCAAGAAGCUGCCCAUCCAAGAGUUCCACCUGAGCCGCGUCCUGCAAGAGCUGGGUCUGAACCAGGAGCAGUUUGUGGAUCUGUGCAUCCUGCUGGGUAGCGACUACUGUGAGAGUAUCCGUGGCAUUGGACCCAAGCGGGCCGUGGACCUCAUCCAGAAGCAUAAGAGCAUUGAGGAGAUCGUGAGGCGCCUGGAUCCCAGCAAGUACCCUGUUCCGGAAAACUGGCUCCACAAGGAAGCCCAGCAGCUCUUCCUGGAGCCCGAAGUACUGGACCCAGAGUCUGUGGAGCUGAAGUGGAGUGAGCCAAACGAAGAAGAGUUGGUCAAAUUUAUGUGUGGUGAAAAGCAGUUUUCUGAGGAGCGGAUUCGUAGUGGGGUCAAACGGCUGAAUAAGAGCCGCCAAGGCAGCACCCAGGGACGCCUAGAUGAUUUCUUCAAGGUGACAGGCUCACUCUCCUCAGCCAAGCGCAAGGAGCCGGAGCCCAAGGGGCCUGCCAAGAAGAAAGCAAAGACUGGGGGAGCAGGGAAGUUCAGAAGGGGAAAAUAAAUGUGUCCUUUCCUCCGCUGUCCCUUGGCCCCAGGACAGUGUUUUGUACCCUCAGCUAGAGCACAUCCCUCUCGUCCCUCGUCCCUCGCCCCGCGUCUUGAGGACAAGUUCAUUGCUUCCCAGCCCUGCCCUUCAGAGCUUUCCCUCGCUUGACCCUGUGGCAGGAAGACCGUAGCUCUGCUUUUCCUCAUUUUUAGCUCAGGAAAGAGGUCAGGCUCAAACCACUUCUCAGGUUAAUGGACACUAUCCAUUGUUCUGUGUAACUGCUAGCAGUAUUUUAAGGGAGAAGAUGAAGCAGGGAGAGAGUGUAGGAGAUAAUUUCCCAGCUGGCCAGCUGGUGGGGGAGAGGUGACUAGAGCGCGACUGACGACUGCUCUUUCUAAUUUCACUGUGCCCUGGAAGACAGCCAUCAGUCUGGGAUUAGCUGAUGAGAGAGCCGCAAAGAGAGAAACAGAGGAGUCUGGCGACAACAGAUUUAAUACUGACUGGCUGUUUUGUGGACUUGCUGUCUGGUGAGCCCAGUAGUUGCGCAGGGGAGUGAAAACACAGUGUUUAGGUUUAGGUUUGUAGUGUUUGGUUUUGUCUCUCCCCUCUCCAGUGUUGGGAAUUGAACCCAGGGCAAAGGAAUUAAGUGUACCACUGACCUGUAGCUCCAAGUGAUGUUCUGACGGCCUUUCUGAGGCAAUCAAUUUAAUUGAGGUUUUGGAAGAAGAAACUUGUUCAUGGGCUGUUUCUAUUUUAAAAGAUGUGAAGAAAAAAAAUCAAUAAAAUUAUAAAAGCGA